GGCUGAGCCUAUCCUCACAAGAGUGAAAGAAGAUCACACUAGGAUAAUCCUCCCUGCGAUAGAUAAUAUCAAGUACAACACCUUUGAGGUGCAGCAAUACGCUAAUGCAGCUCAUGGCUACAACUGGGGCCUCUGGUGCAUGUACAUCAUCCCACCACAGGAUUGGCUGGACAAAGGCGAUGAGACUGCCCCCAUCAGGACACCUGCAAUGAUUGGUUGCUCCUUUGUAGUGGAUCGUGAGCAUUUUGGAGAAAUUGGACUGCUUGACCCAGGCAUGGAGGUCUAUGGAGGAGAGAACAUUGAAUUGGGUAUGAGGGUGUGGCAGUGUGGCGGCAGUAUGGAGGUUCUCCCGUGUGCCAGAGUAGCUCACAUUGAACGCACAAAGAAACCGUACAACAAUGACAUUGACUACUAUGCCAAGCGGAACGCGUUGCGGGCAGCAGAAGUUUGGAUGGAUGAGUUUAAGUCCCAUGUCUACAUGGCCUGGAAUAUCCCCAUGAAUAACCCAGGAGUGGAUUUUGGAGACGUGUCAGAGCGUGUAGCGCUGAGAAAGAAAAUGAAUUGCAGGAACUUUCGCUGGUACCUCGAGCAUGUCUAUCCUGAGAUGAGAAUUUACAAUAACACCAUCACUUAUGGAGAGGUGCGAAACAGUAAAGCCAGCGGAUACUGCCUUGAUCAGGGGUCAGAGGAGGAUGACAGGGCCAUACUCUACCCAUGUCACGGCAUGUCAUCACAGCUGGCAAGGUACACCACUGAGGGCUUACUGCAGUUAGGACCCCUGGGGUCGACUACGUUUCUGCCUGAUACAAAAUGCCUGGUGGAUGAUGGAAGAGGAAAGACUCCGAGCUUGAAAAAAUGUGAUGCUGUCACCAGGUCCUCCCAGAGGCUCUGGGAUUUUACUCAGAAUGGACCCAUCAUAAGUCGAGACACAGGACGUUGUUUGGAGGUUGAAAUGUCAAAAGAUGCAAACUUUGGCCUGCGACUGGUUGUCCAGCGCUGCUCAGGGCAGAAAUGGAUUAUUCGGAACUGGAUAAAAUACCCCAGACACUGAGGAACAUCCAACCUUAAAAAUAACCUCCCUGAGCUGGAGAGCAGCCAUAGACAUAAACCCUAAGUCUGGGGUUGAGACAGACGAGUAGAACUCUCUUUCGGGGUAAAAUACUUUCAAUAUAGAUGUCUAAAGGUGAAAUAUUGUCUUUGGGCGCAUUUACUGUUGAGCGAGCAGAUCAAGCAGAAGGCCGUCAUCAAAAGAGAAAGACUUGCUCAUGGCAAGUCCUCUGUACAGACUCCCAGUUUACUGCAGCAUACUUGUGUUCCCGAGUGGAAUUCCGAUGAGCUGUCUUAGUGAAAUUCCGAGAGAAAUAUUCAAAAGAGUUGCAGAUAAACAAAGAGAGAGGAAGCGAAAGUUGCAAGCCCCUCUGAGCAAAGUCUCGAGUUUUACUUCUUAUCAAUUGCCAUAUCAACACUUAUUUCUUCAGGCUGUGAAUUGCUUUGGAUAAUUGAAUAUCCACGUUGAAACUUUAAAUGGAUAUUCCAAGUGCUACAGAACAAAAA